GAGCUUCCUCUGCUUGGGCCGGCCGCUCCCUGGGGACCCGCAGGUGUCGCUGCCCCUCCAGGCCGGAGCUGGCCCAGGAGGCCCCUGGCCCACCCCCUCGCCCUGGGAGGCGCAUUUCCUGCUUGGAAUCUCAGGCCCCGGCGUCUGGCACAGUCUGGGGGCGGCGGAGCUGAGGGUAGUGGCCCAGCUGCAGGUAGGGGUGGGUUAGGGCCCAGGGCCCAGGCUAGUUCCUGCCAGUCAGUGGCUCUCUUGCUCCGACCCGACUCUUCUGUCCGUCUUUUCGCCUCACCUCCACCGGUCUCCGGGGGCUCCCUGCGCUGCUCUGCUAGUUCACUGGAGGGGUGUUGGGAGGACCCCAGUUUUGGAGUCGGGGCUGGGAGGCCUGGGCUGAGCCUGGGGACGGGGCCCAGGGCUGUUCUCAAAAUCUAAGUUCCAGCCAGUCCCCCGCCAAGUGUUCUGGAGCGUGUGGGGGCGUCUCUGAACUCCUGGGUGCUCAGGCCGCUGCUUCCCGCGGCCCCUCCUUGGGAGACAGCCCAGUCCAGUGGGAGCCGCGGGAGGGGGCAGGGUCUGGGAGCGACUGUCCUUCGCCCCAGUGGGCGCCUAGGCGGCCACUGACUCCUUCGACGACUCCUCCAGGAAGCCGGGGCGGCCACCAGAUAAGCCUCUACGCCGCCACUUCCUUAAGGCCCUCGGCCGUUUAUGGGAGGACCCGAGAGAUUUGCAUCGGGGCCCUGCAGAGGGGCCGCUUCCCGGUCUGAGGGACGAGGCCGCGACCAGGCCCUGGCCCUGGGGUAGCCCGGGGCACACCCCGCGGGACUCCCGGGGGGGAGGGCGACCUGUAUGCGGAGCGCCGUUCCUGCGCCAUGGACCGCGGCCAACCCAGCCUGGAGCCUGCUGCCGCGGCCCCGCAAGCCACGGGCCGGUGCGUGAUCGCGCCCGUGCGCGCCGUGCUCCGCCUGCGCCGCCGGGUGUGCGUCCUACGCAAGCGGCGCCUCCUGCAGCUGGGUGGGGGGCCCGACGUCGGGACCGGGGUGCCCAGGCCGGGCUGCAGCCCCCCGGCGCCGCGCGGGGACCUGGACCAGCCGCAGUUCUUCACCUUCGACGGCCCCGCGGAGCUGCCCUCCAGGACGCCACGCAAGAAGCGCCGGCGCAGCCGUGUGGUGCUUUACCCAGAGACCUCGCGCAAGUAUCGGCCGCGCGUGGAGCACAGGAGCCGCGCGCAGCACUGCCUGCUGCUGCUGGUCGCCAUCGUGGGCUUCCAAGUUCUCAACGCUAUCGAGAACCUGGACGAUAACGCGCAGCGCUAUGACCUCGAUGGGCUGGAGAAGGCGCUGCAGCGCGCGGUGUUUGGCCAGCCCGCAGCCAUAGCGCGCAUCGUGGCGCUGAUGCGGGACUACCUGGCCACGCACGUGCACAGUCGUCCGCUCCUCCUGGCGCUGCACGGGCCCAGUGGCGUGGGCAAGAGCCACGUGGGCCGCCUGCUGGCGCGCCACUUCCGCUCGGUGUUGGAGGACAGCUCGCUCGUGCUGCAGUACCACGCGCGGCACCACUGCCCCGAGGCGCGCGCCGCACAAGACUGCCGCGAGGAGCUGGCGCGGCGCGUGGCCGAUGUGGUGGCGCGGGCCGAAGCGGAGGAGAAGACCCCACUCUUGGUGCUGGACGACGUGGAGCUCCUGCCGCGGCCGCUGCUGGACGAGCUGCAUGGCUUCCUGCAGCCGCAGCGCUCCCACCACUUCCACAACGCCAUCUACGUGCUCCUAAGUGGCGCGGGUGGCGCCGAGGUGACGCGCUUCGUGCUGCAGAACGCGUCCCGCGCGCUGCCCCUGCUCCCGGACGGCGCGCGCAGUGCCGAGGCCUCAGCGGCACAGGCGGAAGAGGACCUGCGCACAAGUCUGUGGGCUCUGCUGUCCCGGGAGCAUCCGCUGUGGCAGGCCGCGGCCAUCGUGCCGUUUCUGCUGCUGGACAAGCGGGAUGUGGUCAGCUGCUUCCGGGACGAGAUGGCAGGCGAGGGCUUCUUUCCUGACCAGGCCCGGGCGGAGGACCUGGCCGCACAGCUCAGCUUCUACCGCGUGGCUGGCCGCGAGUUUGCUGUCACUGGUUGCAAGCAGGUGGUGGCCACGGUGAACCUCCUGUAGUGGAGGUGCAGGACGGGACGUUUGGGUUGAUGGCGGCAGUAGGAGGGCGACCAGGGACCUUGUGGACUGGUGCAGGCCCCUGAGGUUUCUAAUGAAUUUGUGGCUGCCAGGCUUGUGGGUGCGGGUCAGCUCGGAGCUCUGCUUCCAGGUCCACAACCACCUCAGAGCCCCGAGUCUGUCCCUGGGGGCAGCAGGACAGCAGCCACCUCCCUCCCGAACUCACCCAUUGCCCUGCUGGGCAUCCCAGGCAUGGUCUGGUGGGUUCUCCCUGUGUCCCCAGGAGGUGGGCGCUCGGUUCCCAUGGUACAAAGAUGAUCUCAGGGCCAGCAGUUUCUGGGGUCACACAGCUGGGACGUGACCCCGCCUCUUGGGGGUGGUCGUGUGUUGCUCAGUGCUGGGGUGGGGCUCUCACCCCUGCCACCCUGGAGAUGAUCCUGGAGGAGGUCACAGCCAACCAUGACAGUGCUGGGGUCCUGGCUGUCUUCUCCACCCACCCCACCCCUCACUCAGGUAGUGUUUUCAGGAGCUCAAGGCUUGCAUGUCUUGACCGUAAGGGGAGGGGAGCGGAGGCGGCGGCGCCCCAAGCAGCCUCUCCCCGUCCUUCCCGGACCCCCCCAACCCCGUGCCCACCAGUCCUGGCUUGGGCUCACCGGAUGACCGAGAGCCCGCAGGGCAAGCGAGAGGUGCCCAGGUCUUCCCCCAUUCCCCUCCUCUCCGCACAUGAGACCCUUAGCCUGUGGCCAGACCCCUGGUCACCACGAUUGCGCGACCUCCCUUUCCCUGUGGCCUUUUGUGCCCCGAGUUCUGCCCACCCGCACCUUCUGCGUAGAGGGCCCUCGUCACGCCUGUCGACCCCACACCCCACACUCCCCAGGGCCUCCCGGAAGCCCUCCUGGACGCCUCCUGUGGAUGGGCCCCCGCGCCCACGGGGGCUUUAGAGGAAGGUGCUUUGGGCGCUUUUUGCGCCAUGUCUCCUCGGGGGCGGCGGUUGCCUCGGGAAGGUUCUCGCCUCCUCCCGCAGCCCCGGUGUCUGGGACGCACCCGGCAGCCUCACUGCUGCCUCCUUAUGGCGCGCCUGGCCCAGCCGUUGCCUUCUGUGGUCGCCAGGGGCGGAGCGUGCGGCUGGGCCCUGAGUCCCCCGAGUCGCCCCGAGCCUCUGUCCUCACCGCCGGCCCCGCUGCGGUCCCAGCCCGGGCCUGCCCGGGAGGAGCGCACGGGCGGCGAUGACCAGUCCCGAAAGGGGCUCAGAGGGCGACCAGGAGGUUUCACGCCGGUGCCGGGCGAGUCGAAGUGGGGGCACCGUGAAGGUGGAGGCAGGGCCGCGCCAGGAGCCCCCAGUCGAGCGCACACGGCGCGCGCCCCUGGCGAGUGGGAAUCCUCCGGCCCCGAGGAGUCUCAGCCCCGAGACCGCGCCCGCCAGCGCCCUGAGCAGAGGUCCUGCGGGUCCCCGGAGGGUGUCCUGUUCUCUCCCCCGCCCCGCAUCCAUUCUGGCUCUGGUGGUUGGUGUCUGUGGUCCGGGACGAGGGCCGCCUAGUGGAACUGGGAUUCAGGCCGCUUGAAAGUCUAGGAUCUCUGGGCGGAUGGCAGCGGCUCCCCCGAGCUCGGCACGCAGGUCUUGGGCCCAGGGCGGGAGCGCUGGCGAGAGGGCUGCCCCGUCCUGCCCAGAGGGUCCUGAGGACUCCCACUGCUCCUGGAGUCUCGGGGCGGAGUCCGGCUCCACGGGGUGGGGGUGGGGGCUACCAGGAAACCUUUGCCUCUUGGGGCUGUGCAGGACCGGCUAGCCAGCGCUGGGAGCCAGGGCUGAGUUCAGUCCAGCUCUGUCCACCCCACCCUCAGGGCUAGGGGAAGGAGCUGGGGGAAGGAGCCCCACCUUCCCCAGGCAAGUAUCUGUGCCAGGAGCCCACGCAGAGGGACACCCAGCCCUGGUCUGACUUUCACGUUGGCUUCAAGGUGGUGAGAGAGAGAGCUGCAGAGUGCGGUGUGUUUGCCAGUUCCUGCAUCCCAGGCAGGGCUCCCAGGACUGUCACCUCCCCUUGCCAUAGAGCACCCGCCUGGAGGUGUCACCUGCCUUCAAGCUGGGCCAUUCAUCCACCGUCAGUGAACAACACCCACUGAGCGUCCACUGUAUCAAAAGGUUCAGACGUAAGGGGAAAUUUUCUUUCUCUUUUCUUUCUUUCUCUCUCUCUUUCUUUCUUUCUUUCUUUCUUUCUUUCUUUCUUUCUUUCUUUCUUUCUUUCUUUCUUUCUUUCUUCCUUUCUUCCUUUCUUCCUUUCU